CCGUGGAAACAGUCCCUUGCAGAGAUGUAAGGUGAGGUUGUAAAAUACCUGACUUUUCUCCAGACAUAGCAGAAGCUUUAGUACACCGGCAAAGUGAGUGGUUAAGCUCUCUCUACAAACACGAGACUACUGAUUAAAGCGCAGGAUUCCUUACAAGCUGUAGUCUGUCUUGCUGAUGACAAAUUUCAACGACAAUGAUAUUGAUUUAGGACUUGCUCUAGGUUGCACCACUCGUAAUGAUCAGACGAAGCCAAAAGAUGAUACAGGUGCAGGUGUAAAUGCAAGCUCAAUGGUGGAUAUGGCAUUUGCAGCAUCUGAUCCCCUAGCCGAAUUAGUUUGGUCCCCUCAUAAAGGUUUGAGCCUCAAAUGUGCCGAGGGUGGCUUAGCUGAAAAGAGACCUUUUCUUCUGUGGAACGUGGGACCGAGCUCUUUGGUUGCUGCGCCAUCACAAAGCGACAGGUUUAAGGGGAUUUGUGAUGAAAAUGCCGUUUAUGAGAAGAUAUUCGACCCUCAGGAAAGGUUUCAGACCACCAACGAAAUGGUAUCAAUGAGUGGAAAUGAAAUUGGCUGUAGCAGCAAAGUGAAGAUUAUGAACACUGCUGAUGGAACUGGUAUGGUAGACGCUAAUCAAGAUGAGGAGAAUUUGAAGAAUACCGGAAAGGGCUUUUGUAUUACUCAAGAUAUCAAUCAGACAGUAGAAAGUUGUGAGAAUCAUGCAGGUCAAGGAGAUUUUGGAACGGAGAGAUUUAUGCUACAUGGAGCCAGUUCCAAGGUUGAUAUGGAAACCACUGGACUUCUAGCAGGGAAAAUUAAUCAAGAAAUUUCGACUAGUGAUAACUGUAGAGAGGGAGAUGCUUCGGGUGGAAGUCAAACUCUAAUUCCUACUGUCAAAGACACGGAGGCCCCUGUGUGUCUACUUCCAAAUUCACCGAUAGAAAUGGAAGCAGACAACGCGUUAGAAUCUACCAGUCCGCCAGCAUUGCAUAAACUGGAGUGCACAGCCGAGAAUGAUGUCCAUCUUCCAGGGAUUAACAAGACGUGUGAUCAGAACGAGGAGCAACUUGUUAGGGACAGUUCUUUGCCAUUUCAAACUUCUCCAACACAUAGCAGGUCCUCAUCAUAUAGAAGGAAAGGCAAAGGAAAAGCGGUAUCUGUCGGGAAUGUCAGUAGCAAAAUGUCAAAUGAUGAGGAAGAUAGCCAUGAGAGUGUAGAAAGUUGCAACAGUACAGGGUUAGCUCCAAAGUGUAAGAGACGAUGGCACUUUGAGCAGCAGUUUUUUGUUGGAAGUAAAAGAAUCAGAACGGAUAUGCACGGAGAUCCUGCUACAGAAUCGACAGUUGCACGUAACAGCUCCUUUGUUACUUGGAUUUCAAACAUGAUAAAGGGCUUCUCUAAAUCCAAUCUUGAAGAGUCUCCUACUCUUGCUCUCACCUUUACGCCUAAUAAUGAGGAAAAUCAUGGGAAGGAGACAAAUCGUCAGGAAAUUGUUAUGUUUGAGAAAGAUCAUGAUUCCAGUAGCAGGUUGAUGGGGUUCCAAACUGUAUUUCAGUCACUAUACUGCCCAACCUCGAAGGUGCCGGAAACAGAAAUACCGAAGGAGGAUCAUUCAAUGGGAAAAUCUAAUAAGCUUCCAUCAGCUGACAAAAUCCUCAUUGAUGUUCCUCCAAUAUCCUGCCAUCCGGGAGAUGAUAUGUUAGAUGCGCACAUGCCCAUUUCUAAUGACAAAUUCGACCAAUCUACAGUGGCUCGCAAGGAAGUGCCACUGAUGCAAACUCAGAUUAUGCCAGCAGCUGUUGCUUCUAGUGACAUUGCAUGUAGUAAAGCAAAAGAUGGGCUGAGCCCGUCUGACUCGGUGUCUAGACUUAGAACUUCUGAGGACAAAAAUACCUCUCAUUCAUCUGAAUAUGACAUUUCUAACAGAAAUCAGUCUCUUCGUAGUCUGUGGAUUACUAGAUUCUCCAACAAAACACCCGGAGCUGUUCUGAACAUAGACGAUAAUUCAAAGCCAACUACACAUGAAAUAUUAGCAUGUUCCACAGAGUGCAGAAGGCCUAAUCAUCAAGCUCAAACAAGUGUGGAGUGUCGGAUUGAACAGGCAAGCUUCGAUGCAAAGGAAACUUCAUCCAGCUCGAAAGAGAUCCAUGACAAUAAUUAUGAAAGGUCCGUGAAUAAUCUGCAUCCUAUUAUAUCUUCUGCCAAAUUCAAAAAGUCGGAGGCACUGGCCUCUCUCUUUGCCAGAAGAUUGGAUGCCCUCAAACUCAUAGGACCAUCUUCAACAAGAAGUGAGUAUAGCUACACAAGAACAACUUGUUUCUUCUGUGGCAAAAGCGGCCAUGACUUACGCGACUGUUCAGAGGUGACACAAUCUGAAUUAGAAGUUCUAAUUAGAAGCAUCGGGUCUUAUGAUAGCGCUGAGGAACCUUCUUGUUUGUGCAUCAGAUGCUUUCAACUUGAUCACUGGGCUAUUUCCUGCCCAACUUCAUCUUCAAACCGGUCACAGCAGUUAGAACACAAGAUAUCUCUUGUUAAUCAGAACCGGAAUGAUAAUUUGCGGCUCUUCUCUGAAAGUGAAUGUUUGCCAAGCCUUCUUGAAAUAAAGCAAGGUCAUCCCAUUGAACUUAGAGAUAAAUCAUCUUUUGACCUAAUGGACAACAAAAAGAAGUUCUGGUUUGCACCAGCUUCGGGGUCCAAUCAAGUUCAGAAGCAGAUAACUUCUGAUCUUACGAAGAACAAUUUGAAAGAAAAUAUGAAUCUUGUUUGCAAGGAGAUAGCAGAUGUUCCAAGAGGAAUGUUUGAUGUCAUCAGGGGUCUUCGGUUGUCUCGUGUGGACAUUCUCAAAUGGAUGAACUCCAACACUUCACUAUCGCAUUUGGAUGGAUUUUUUUUGCGCUUGAGACUAGGGAAGUGUGAAGCAGCGCUAGGCGGUACAGGAUACUAUGUUGCAUGCAUAACUGGUCUAAACGGAGAAAAAUUAGAGAGAGAUUCCAACAACGGCAUAUAUGUUAAUGUCUGUGGAGUCAAAUGCUUUGUGGGAAGCCAGUAUGUCUCCAACCAAGACUUUUUGGAGGAUGAACUUACUAUUUGGUGGCGCAAAACAUUGGAGAGCGGUGGUAACGUUCCUACGAGAGAAGAUUUAAGGCUAAAACUUGACGAGCGGAUGAAACUUGGGUUCUAAGAACUCAUCACAACACACAUUAAUCUCGAGUAUGGUUCGUCUGAAAGUUUGUCGAAAAUCAGCUUAUUUCACCAUCUUGUAAAUAAGAUUUUGGGUGUUAUAGAUGAAUUUGUUUGUGAUCAUAAGGCUUUUGAAAUGUUGGAUAACAUGAGAAAAAUAUUGGUUGAAAAAAGAAAAGGUUGUUGUUGAUAAA